AGGACCUCCAGGAGAUGUUGAAUGAUUUAUUACACAUCUGAUAGGCAAUGCAGAUAAGGCAUCGCAUUUUGGAGGCUCGUCGAAAACAAGACACAGCAGUGAGACAGUCCAGAGCCAUCAGUACAGCCGCCUGACCUCAUGGCCCCUCCCUCAUUCAGACACCAAAAUGUCAUGGUCACACCUCCACUAAAUCUUUCCUGGAACCAGGGAGGCCUCAGACUGCCCCAGUGACAUCACAGGAGGCCUUCACCUCUACACACUUGCGUACCAUGCACUCAGUGCCCUACCUUGACUCAAGCGAUGCGCCCGACCAUUCCGUUGCAUCAGACAGUGCCCUAAACCCUUGUGGGAGCAGUAGCGUGUUUAGCUAUAAGCCACAUGUUCGAAUAGUGAAGGCCAUACGGAAGAUCGAGCGUGAACGGGAGCAGCAGUGGCGGGAAAAGCGGGUCAUAGGUCGUGUAACCAAGCACAGGGGGGUCAGCUACCAUCUGAACACUAGAAAGGUCAACUUCCAUUGGCAAAAAGGAAACAAAAUAGGUGAAGGUCAGUUCGGUAAAGUAUACUCAGCAGUCAACAUGGACAGUGGGGUGCUCAUGGCAAUGAAGGAGAUUAAGUUCCCAUCCGCUGAUAUACACAGCCACUUCAAGGAAAUCAUAGAUGAGAUAAAGAUCUUUGAAGGCAUCUCACAUGAGAAUCUCGUUCGAUACUACGGAGUGGAAGUUCAUCGGGAGAUGCUGGUGUUUAUGGAGUAUUGUGAUCGGGGCACGAUAGACGAGGUGUCACGUAACGGUCUCACAGAGGACCUCAUACGUAUCUACACCAAGCAGCUGCUGUGUGCCGCCCAGGUGCUCCAUGACAACAAGAUCGUCCACCGGGAUAUAAAGGGGGCCAACAUAUUCCUGACAUCAUCGGGAUGUUUGAAGCUGGGAGACUUUGGCUGCUCUGUGAAACUCAAGAACCACACCACCAUGGUUGGUGAGAUGAAGAAAAUGGUGGGAACCACAGCAUACAUGGCCCCUGAGGUGGUAACCAAGAACGACAGUGUAGGCCAUGGUCGUGCUGCAGACAUCUGGAGCGUAGGCUGUGUUGUCAUAGAGAUGGCCUCAGGAAAGAGACCGUGGCACGAGUGUGAGAACCACUUCCAGAUCGUGUUCAAGCUUGGGAUGGGAGGGACACCAACCAUUCCAGAGAACCUGUCAGCGGAAGGCAAGGACUUCCUCAAAUACUGCCUGGAACAGGACCCCGAGAAACGCUGGUCGGCAAGUCAACUCCUGGAUCAUCCAUUUGCCAAGAUCUACGACCCAGAGCGUGAUAAUGAGAAUGUUGACGAAAGCCCGACCUAGCCCCAACUGAAACGAAACUAUCUGGAGACAAGAUUGUAGUCCCAUUGGCUCACACAUUUGAAAUCCUUAUAUUGUGAUAGACCUUAUCUAGUUUCAAGAUUAGAUUUACCUAUAUUCCCAUGUAUAUGCCUGCAGUGGCAUUUCUUGAGUCGCAUAUGGGAAAACUGGGCUUAAUGCAUGUUCAUUAAGUUUCAUCCCAGAAUAGCCGAUGCAGUCCACACAGGCAAAUCAGGGACAACACUUUCCACCUAGUCCAGUUUUAUGCUAAGAAGACACUUUCUUAAAAUGGAAAAUUCCAUAAAUGUGGAAAAUGUUGUCCCUGAUAGGCCUGUGAAAAUGUUGUCCCUGAUAGGCCUGUGCAGACUGCACAGCUUAAACUGGUACAACACUUUAUGCAUGCAUUUUAAAGGCAUGUGGUCCAGUUGUUUAUAUUGUGUCAAAUUUAAAAUAUCAUGGCAUCAAAAAGUUUUGACAGGUUCAAUAGCUGAUAAUUGAAACAGUUCUUCAAAGAUUGUUAAGAAAAGCUGUCUACAUUGUGAGUUAUAAGGAAUGUGAUGGUAUUUAUUGGGCAGGGGGUGGGGGAAACGAAUGGAUUAAAGUUCUUAUAUAAGGGAGUAUAUUUUAUUUCAAUGCUUUAAGACUUAUUUAAAUGAUCUGUUAAGUAUAUUUGUAAUUGAAUGGUCAAAUGAUUUUGCUGACCUAUUCCAUUAGUUUGAUAUAUAUGCUGUUAUCUAUUUAUGAAUAAGCUGGGCUUUAAAGCAAGUCAUUUUGGGAAAUAAUAGUGUAGUUGGGCUAAUUUUCCAUGUCAGUAUCUCUUUUCUUAUUUCCACGUCCACAAAGUCUCCAACACAAUAAAAAUAGACUGUUUCUUAUGCCAUAAUCCAUAACCAUUUGAAAUAUUUGCACAAAGGAGUUUAUUGAGAUGUGGAUAAAAUGUUAAUCUGUCAAACCUAAAAAUAGUUACUGGUAAAUGUUAAUUCUUUCAUACAAAAUAGUUUUCAAUGCAGUAAAAGUUAUUUGCUUUCAUUAGAACUGAUGUCAUUUUAGCAUGCAUUCAAGUAUUGUACUGUUGUUUAUGAGCUAUUAUUCUUGGAUACUUAAUGUGGCCCUUUAUGUUUUAGUUUAAAACUCCCCAGUCUGAGUCUACAAUAUUUAUUACAGAUAUAGAUCUUUCCAAGAUUGAUCUUGUACAGUCACUCAGACUGGCAUAAAAGCUACAUUGCAUGUCACCAUUAUGGGUUUUAGUACAAAUGACCUAACCAUAUCGUCCAUUAGUCAUGGAAGCACUAUUAAUUUCCAUUUACUGGUAUGUAUAUUUUUCAAUUCACAUCCAAAAUACAUUUGCUUACAUUAGCAUAUAACAGUUUUCUUUUCCAAAGAAAUAGAAUGUCUUUUGAUACUUUGUUGAUUUGUUUUUUAUUAGAGGUUGUUAUCAGUAAUUCAUUACUUCAAGCAACUUAUCACUAAGUGAGCUUAAUUGCAUAUCAACCAUCGUUGCUAUCAAAAGUCUAAUGUCUUUUUUUAGCUUUUUUUUUUUAUGAGAAAACCCGAGGUAUUGUCAUAGCCAUCUCAUCGUCCGACUUCCGCAUCGUGCUAAAACCUUUACAUUUUGUUAAGGUUUCGAACAUUGGCUCUUAAAUCAAAGUGCUUCAACCUACAACUUUGAAACAUCACAUGUAGCUUCACCUUGAUUAGUUCUACAUGCCACACCCAUUUUUAGGUCACUAGGUCAAAGAUCAAGGUCACUGUGACCUCUUAAAAAAACAAAAUUCUGACAAGCUUUCAUUUAUUAAAAACUGCACCAGCAGCCAAGCGUGGCACCUGUUAUGCGGUGCUCUUGUUCUCACAUUUAUUUUAAGCAUGCUUAGAGUUUCCUUUUGAAAUUUAAAGUUUGUCCUUUGUUAUUUGUUAAAAUAUUUUUAUGAAGCAUUUACUGGCAUUUUUAACCAGGUUUUUUAACCAGGUUUUCCGAAGGAAAAAAAUGGUUAUUAGAUUGGCGAAUGCGGGCGGGCUGGCUGGCUGGCGGGCUGGCGGAACAAGCUUGUCCGGGCCAUAACUAUGUCGUUCAUUGUCAUAUUUUAAAAUCAUUUGGCACAUUUGUUCACCAUCAUUGGACGGUGUGUCGCGCGAAAUAAUUACGUCGAUAUCUCCAAGGUCAAGGUCACACUUUGAGUUCAAAGGUCAAAAUUGGCAAUAAAUGAGCUUGUCUGGGCCAUAACUAUGUCAUUCAUUGUGAGAUUUUACAAUUAUUUGGCACAUUUGUUCACCAUCAUGGGACGGUGUGUCGCACGAAAGAAUCACGUCAAUAUCUCCAAUGUCAAGGUCACCACAACUUAAAAUAGAUUUAUUUUGAAACAAACUUACUAAGGGGGUUAAUUUUGUUUGUUCAUUUAAAAGUUCAGUUUGAGUUGUCUCCCUUUAUCAGAUUUUUUUUCACAAUGAAAACCUGGUUUUGUGACAAUUUUGUCCCUUGUUAGAUAUAUCUUCUGAUAUGCUUGUAUUUGUCUACAAAUGAAUAUGUUGGCAAACUCACUCUCAACUCUCCACUGUUGUUUAGCUGUGUUUGUGAUCUUGCAAACAAAAUGUUUUUGAACUCUUAAUUUAGAAAAAAGGGGCAUAUUAUGGGAACACCUGUUACAGGCGAGCACUUAGGUGUUUGUGGGAAGGGGGGGAAUCAAGGACAACUAUCUGCUCAAUACUGGUAAAUCAAACAGUUUAAAUACAAUCAACAUGAAACUUGGUUUAUGGCCACAAUAUCGCUUCCAAGUUUCAUAACUAGCCUUAUUAUAUUAAGCACUUCUGAAUUAUGGCCCUUAAAUUAUUUUCAAUAGCCAAAUACACCUUAUUUGCUCUACUCAGAUAGUUGAUAUAGAUCAUCAUGAAAACUGUGGGCUUAUAUAAUAUUAUGUCUCCAUAUAGUGUGAUAAGCAUGAAGACAUAGCUUUGGAUUGUAUUUGGGUUUGUGAGGUCAAGGUUAACAGAUUUCUUAGCAGAGUUCUUUCUCUAGCCCUUUGUGUGUUGUUUAUGCUCUGUUAAUUUGUGUGGGAGUUGUUGUGAUAGAAGUUACCAGUAUGCAUCUGGAUGAUUGCUAUUACAGUAAUGCUAAUUUAAAGGCAAUUUUUGUAUGAUAAUGAAUUAAAUUUUAUCAUGUACAUACAUUUACAGAAACUAUUAUUGGUAUUGCUAAAAAUACAGUGAUAGGCAUAAUUCCAAUGCUGAUGUUUUAAUUAAGUGUACACUUAGGUUUACUGUAAUUACCGAUAUACUGGUAUGUCGCAUGUUCAGAGUUGCUUAUGUUAUGUGAUAGUGAUACUGCAAUGUUAAGAGAGUUGUUAUGAGAAUGGUUGUUUGUUGACAUUAAUUGACUGUAAAAAGCAUUUGUUUUUGUAUCAUACAGAUGAUAAAUUCCAUUUAUUUUUGAAAGUCUUAACACAUAUUUUUAUUCAAAUAUUGUUAUUGUAUUAUGAUAAUUUAUUCUCCAAGGAAAAAUAAAUCAUGUGAUAUUUGA